UUCGUCUGCAAGCGAAUUCAAUGAAUCAUGCUCGAAGCAUCUUGUAACAAUAUGGCGUCGCAAGGCGUAACGUCGCUAAAUGUGGCGUCGCUAAGCGUGGCGUUGAAACGUGUGUCGCUAUAGCUUUGGCGCGUUGCGCGGAAGUCAUCGCCCGACACGAGGCAUGCCUGCACGGCCGUCGAUGACUGAACGUGCCUCAGCCUCCGAACGUGAACUCUCACACUGGGCUGGAUCUCAGCGGGGCUGGCUUUCAGCGGGGAUGCUCUCAGUGGAGAUGCUCUCCGCGGGGAUGCUCUUAGCAAGGAUGCUCUCAGCGGGGAUGCACAUUGGCUGGCUCUUUCGGCAGCCGGGAGCACAGUUAGAGCGAGCAGGCAAACAUCCUGGUCGCCUGGUGGCUACAAACCCCAGCUGCGCCGUGCUUACCACCUGCCAUCGUCUCCCAUCCGUUUUCAGCGGAGUCGACAGCCCUGCGUUUCCUAGUAACUGCCGCUGCCUGCCUAUAAAGCGCCGCGCCGGCAUGCAUUUCACCUGCCGCCAUUCCGAGGACGGCAGCCAUUUGCCUUGUCCCCACUAACUGCAAAAUUGUGUCGUUCGUUCGAAGUGAGGGAUGGCGGCUAGCCAGGAGGGGAGCCGACUUCCUAUCACCACUGGGAUGGAGCGGAGUGCGACGCAGCAAGGAGGCGCCAACGAGGCAAACCACUCCGUGUGCGGAAACGGAUACGCGUCAAUGCCAGUGGAUUCGCUCAUUCUUGCCAUCCAUGUGCAUGGCAUCGCACCAGAUCAGCAUGACCUCUCACCAGAUCAGCAUAACCUCUCACCAGAUCAGCAUGACCUCUCACCAGAUCAGCCUGGCCUCUCACCAGAUCAGCAUGACCUCUCACCAGAUCAGCAUGACCUCUCACCAGAUCAGCAUGACCACUCACCAGAUCAGCAUGACCUCUCACCAGAUCAGCAUGACCUCUCACCAGAUCAGCAUGAUGGUUCACCAGAUCAGCAUGACCUCUCACCAGAUCAGCAUGGCCUCUCACCAGAUCAGCAUGACCUCUCACCAGAUCAGCAUGACCUCUCACCAGAUCAGUAUGACUUCUCACCUUCUUAUGAAGGUCGGGCGUCAGGUGGAAGCCGCAGCAGGAAUGUGUGUUCACCAGCCUGACGCAGCAACUCCAGCGGCUCGUCUCACGCGCCGCAUCUGUGGGUCUACGUGUGAGGAGCAGCACAGGGAAAUAGCAGCGUGCCUGCUGGAGGUGAACGCUAUGGGUGACUGGUUGGACUGCGACGAGUGUCGGCCUCUUGCGUUUGGCUUCCACGUCGUCCGCAGCAUGCCAAGGGAGGCUGAGUCCCAGGCCCUACGCAAUACGUUCUUUCUCAUGGAGCACUGCAGCACCAGCCAGUGCGUGCCGCGCAAUCCGUGGAGGGGCUUCACUGGCCCCAUGGGCUCCUCGCACGUGGAUGUGGUCAUUGAUGUGCCACUCCACGUGAGGUCGCUGGUGCCCGCACUGGGCUGCCACGUUCAGGCAACGCUGGAGGUCGCUUCCAGUGGCAUGGACUUGACAGAUGGUGGCAGUGGCUCCAAAGACACAGCUCCUCUGCUUCCACAUUCCCUUUCUCACAAGAGAGCACGCACUGAGCAGCACCCCAGUCAGAUCCAUGCAGGGCAGGUUGGUGUGUGGGCUGGGAAUUGUAAUGGUAAGAGGGGGUUCUAUCUUGUGUGAAUACCAGUUGCGAAUCUAUGACCAGCUGUAACCAGCUGCUACCAGUUGUGUAUCCCUUUCUUCUGUAACCAGCUAUUGCUUUAGUGCUACUUUGGUCUGUUUCCUCUCUGCCUGCCCCUUUCCAUUCUACUUCCACCUUGCAACCCUUUCCGCUUCUCUUCAUAUGCCCCAUUCUCUGUGUUUCGUUCCACCCCGCCCGACCUGUCUAUCUGUGCUGCGCGCAGCCAGGGCGCGGAGGUACUUUCUGCUCUCAGACCAGCCCCUCACUUGCUCCUCACAGCAGCUCAUACCAUCCUAUGGAACAUCGUCUCAUUCCCCAUAGCCAGUAUCAGUACCACUAGGGCCGGUUCCGCCAGGGACGGUGUUGCCCUUGCCACAAGGCACGGCAGAGCCCGCGUCACCAUUGUCACCCUCCUCUUUAGCUGCAGACAAGGGCCCAGCAGCGCCAUACACCCGCCUCUUCCACCCACUCUCUCUUGUCCGCAUCUCCUCCACCUGCCUAUCCAAAUCCCUAUCCCACGCCCCUGCCUCUCCCCCUUCCCCUAGCACUAUGUGCAUCUGUGCCCUUCUUCCUGUCCCUGCCAAUACUCACAGGCUGUACCAGUUGGGGGGGUCCGUCGUGGGGCUGAAGCGGAGACGGAAGAGGUCGUCAAGGCGGCAGAAGCAGUGGGCGGCGGUGUGCCCGGGACGGUCGCAGACGGUUCCGCGGCGGGGGCCGGACUGAAGCUGGUACUGGCAGGUGACCACACUGGAGCCGCCACCCCACACCGAGCUGUAGGGCUCACUACCACGACCACCACCACCAGUGCCGCCAGGCCACCACGGCGGUGGAGGUCCCUACGGCGACUGCUGCUGCUACUGCGACUGCUACUGCGGAGGCUUUUGCUUCUGCUGCUGCUGCUGUUGCUGCUCCUGGGCUCCAGCCCGGGUCCCCUCAUCUACACCACCGUCCCCACUCCCACCUCCACCACCUCCACCACCCCCACCACCCUUCCCUUCGCCACGCCCCCCGUCGGGGCGGUGGCCCUUACCCUGACGCUGCUACAUUGAGGCCGCAGCGGCAGUCUCAGCAACAGGGGCUGUCUCAACAACAGCGGCAGAAACGUCAGAGUAAGUGCACUAGGAGGGAGCAAAGCCCUGGAAGAUAGGGAUCCGCGCGGUACCGCUAGACUGAGCGAUAGUGCACCAGCGGUCUCUAUCGCGGAUAGGGCGGUGCAGUAAGGGUGAGAUUACCUGGGUGCUGGCUAAGGAAGUGGUCGCGGGCAGUGGCUAGGCGGUUAGGGAGGCGCGUGGCAAUGAGUUAAAGGGUAGCGCAAAGCGGUGGCGGGAAGGUAGUCAGUUGUGUCUCAGUGUUAGCGGUGUGGUAGCUAGUCUCCAGCGUGCAGGGGUGCGUGGCAAGGUCAACGGCAGUGGGGAAGGACGCAAGGUCAAGGAACAGCAUGGGGAGGAUCAGGCGGCUGGCAGAGGCUGAGGCGGGGGUGGAAUGGCGCGCGACGACGGCAUCUAAGUAUUCCUUGGCAAAGCGGUAAAGCGAGAACGCUCAAACAAGGGGAGGGCGUGGCUAAUGGCAAGCUGAGCAACAGCGUCGCGUGAAUCCCAGACACUGCAGGCAAGCUCGGCAACGACAAAAGCCUCACGCUCAGCAGAUGCGGAGCAGUGAGUCCGCCAUCACCACGGCUGCAGCAGCUGACUGCCGCUGACAAGGGGAGGAGGGAAAGCGGGGGAGGGCAGUGGAGAGCGGUGGAGACAGUGGAGAGCGGCGGAGUACGGUGAACUGCAGUGGAAUGCAUUGGAGUGCAGUGUAGAGCGGUGGAUUGCGGUGGAGAGUGGUGGAGUGCGGUGGAGAGCUGUGGAGACGGCCGGCGGGAGCGCCGGCUCAGAGGGGAAUCCAAGGCCGGCGGUCCAGCUCUUCUCGGUGGUGUGGGGGCGGUGGCUGGUGGCUACAGAUGGCUGGCGGCGACGGGCAGGCAGUUACAGGCAGGCCAGCGGCUACGGGCGGGCUGGCGGCAACGGGCGGCCAGCAGCGACGGGCGGCCAGCGGCCACUGACGGCUGGUGGCAUCGGGUGGCCGGCGGCUAUGGGCGGCUGGCGGCAGCGGGCGGCCAGCGGCGACGGGCGGGCUAGCGGCGACGGGCGGCCAGUGGCGACGGGCGGCCAGCGGCUACAGGCGGCUGGCAGCUACGAGCGGCCAGCAGGGACAGGCCGCCAGCGGCUAUGAGCGGCGACAGGCGACCAACGGGCUACGAGCAGCUGGCUGCUACGGGCGAUCAGCGGACUGGCGGCUACGGACGGCUGGCGGCUACGAGCGGCCAGCGGCGACAGGCGGCCAGCAGCUACAGGAGGCUGGCGGCUACGGGCGACGGGCGGCUAGAUACG